UACUCGUUUGAUUCUAAUACAUUUUUUUUGUUUUUCUAAUUAAUUUUCUUUUUCUAUGUUUGAGAUUGAGGCAUAAUAAUUGUUAUCGUUACGAUAUUGUUGAAUCUCCUCUCAAUUAUUCUGUAAUUUUUUCACCUUCAUUUCUUUGCAUUUAGGUUUGUUGUAACCUCAUUCUCUCUGUUUGAAAUUGAAGCGUAAUAAUUAUUGACAUUACGUCGUUGUCAAAUCGAUCUCUCCCCAUUAUUGGUGUAGUUUCUUCACCUUCAUUUAUUUGCAUUUAGGUUUGUUUUUAAUUUCUUUCUGAGAUUGAGGGCGUAAUAAUUAUUUUCGUUACGUCGUUGUUGAAUCUCUUUCCAUUAUUGUGUAAUUUCCUCACCUUCAUUUCUAUGCAUUUAGGUUUGUUUUAAUCUCCUUCUUUCCUUUUUAAGAUUGAGGCGUAAUAAUUGUUGUCAUUACGUCUUCGUUGUUGAAAUCUCUCCCAAUUAUUUGUAGUUUCUUCACCUUCAUUUAUUUCCAUUCAAGAGUUCAUUCUAAUUUCGUUCUCUCUUUUUGAGAUUAAAGACGUAACAACUAUUAUCAUUGCAUCGUUGCUGAAUCUCUCCAUAAUUUCCUCACUUUUCAUUUAAAUCUAUUCAAAUCUCCUUCAUUCUAUUUCAGAUCGAGACGUAAUAAUUGUUAUCCUUACGUAAUCUCUCUCUAAUUACUUUUCAUUUUUCUUUUCUAUCCCCAAAUAAAAAAUGGGGAAUUGUUGCUCUAGUGGAGAAGAACAACAACCAAAUGAAACAACCAACAACAACAACAACAAUGAAAUCAACAACCCUAAAAAUGUAGAAAACAAUUCAUGUACACAACAUAACAAUCUUGAUCAAAGUUCAACAACACCAACAAAAACAUCUCCAAGUCCAUCAUCAAAACCCUCAAAACAAUCACCAAUAGGACUAGUAUUAGGUAGACCAAUGGAAGAUGUUAGAUCAACAUAUACUAUAGGUAAAGAACUAGGUAGAGGACAAUUUGGUGUAACACAUUUAUGUACACAAAAACAAACAAAUGAACAAUAUGCAUGCAAAACAAUAGCAAAGAGAAAACUAGUUAGCAAAGAAGAUAUUGAAGAUGUUAGAAGAGAAGUACAAAUAAUGCAUCAUUUAACAGGUCAAGAAAACAUUGUACAACUUAAAGGAGCUUAUGAAGACAAACAUAGUGUACAUUUGGUCAUGGAAUUAUGUGCUGGUGGUGAACUUUUCGAUAGAAUUAUCGCGAAAGGACAUUAUACAGAACGCGCUGCAGCUUCGUUGUUAAGAACAAUUGUUCAAAUUGUUGAUACUUGUCAUUCUAUGGGAGUUAUACAUAGAGAUCUGAAGCCUGAAAAUUUUUUACUACUUAGUAAAGAUGAGAAUGCACCUCUUAAGGCUACCGAUUUUGGUCUUUCCGUCUUUUAUAAGCAAGGAGAUGUAUUUAAGGAUAUUGUAGGUAGUGCAUAUUAUAUUGCACCUGAAGUAUUGAAAAGAAGAUAUGGACCAGAAGUUGAUAUAUGGAGUAUUGGUGUUAUGUUAUAUAUUCUUCUUUGUGGAGUUCCUCCUUUUUGGGCAGAAAAUGAAAAUGGAAUUUUCAAUGCAAUAUUACAUGGACAUAUUGAUUUUUCUAGUGAUCCAUGGCCUUCAAUUUCAAGUGGAGCAAAAGACCUAGUCAGAAAGAUGUUAACUGUUGACCCUAGGCAGAGGUUAACAGCUAUGCAAGUCCUAAAUCAUUCAUGGAUCAAAGAAGAUGGAGAAGCACCAGACACACCUCUUGAUAAUGCUGUAUUACAUAGACUCAAACAAUUUAGAGCUAUGAACAAAUUCAAGAAAGUUGCUCUUCGGGUUAUUGCAGGAUGUUUAUCAGAAGAAGAAAUUAUGGGAUUGAAGCAAAUGUUUAAAAAUAUGGAUACUGAUAAUAGUGGAACAAUAACACUUGAGGAAUUAAAACAAGGAUUAGCCAAACAAGGGACUAAAUUAUCUGAUUAUGAGAUUAAACAACUAAUGGAAGCAGCUGAUGCUGAUGGAAAUGGAACAAUAGACUAUGAAGAGUUCAUCACAGCAACAGUGCACAUGAACAAAAUGGAUAGAGAAGAACAUCUUUACACUGCAUUCCAAUAUUUUGAUAAGGAUCAUAGUGGAUAUAUAUCAAGAGAAGAGUUAGAGCAAGCUCUUAGAGAAUUUGGUAUGGAUGAUGAAAAUGAUCUGAGGGAAAUCAUUAAGGAAGUUGACACUGAUCAUGAUGGUCGAAUUAAUUAUGAUGAAUUUGUAGCUAUGAUGAAGAAAGGAAAUCCAGAGGCAGCAACAAUGAAUCCAAGAAAAAGAAGGGAUUCAUUUGUAGCAUAAAGUAAUUAAUUUCAUCAUCAAUGAAAAAAAUGUAUGAAAAAUACAAUUUGGUUUUAAGGGUGGUUUGAUUUGGACACGACUUUUAUUUCAUCAGGUACAGAAAGAUCAAUAGUAUUUUCAUUUAUUUUUAACGUGAUUUAAAUCCACAACUUAUCAAUUGAUAAUGUAAAUGCUCAACUACUAAAGCAAACCUUGUUUUCCCCUGCUCGA